UCUCCCAUUCUCUCCCAAAUUAUUUCUCAUUUGACCCCCGCAAGCGCAACCCAGCGAAACUGCGACACACCACAUCCCACUUGACUCCCAACUCAAAACCCUCCUCCCCCUCCUUCCCCACUCGCAGAAACCAAAAUGUCCCUAACAAUCUCACCCAACUCUCUCCAACCCUCUACAUUUCAAUUUACCUUUCAUUCCUCCCAAAAUUACAGCUUCACCCAGCCAUGGCUUCCGCAUCCGCUUAUCCGUAAGCGACCUAGGACCCGAAUUUCCUGCGUUUCGACCCGACCCAAAAGAAAUCCGGGACCAAAGACCGAGGACCCGGAAGUCCGGGAGGUGGUUCGGACGCUCAUGAGGAGCUUCAGUGACAAAGAGCCGUUGUUGAAGACGCUAAACAAGUACGUUAAGAUUGUGAGGACGGAGCAUUGCUUUAUGCUCUUUGAAGAGCUUGGGAAGACUGAUAAGUGGCUUCAGUGCUUGGAGGUGUUCAGAUGGAUGCAAAGACAGCGGUGGUACGUUGCUGAUAACGGUGUGUAUUCAAAAUUGAUCUCGGUUAUGGGAAAGAAAGGCCAAACUCGGAUGGCAAUGUGGCUUUUCUCUGAGAUGCGUAAUAGUGGGUGCCGGCCUGAUACUUCUGUCUACAAUGCACUUAUCUCAGCCCACUUAAACUCCAAGGACAAAGCAAAGGCUUUGGACAAAGCUCUUGGAUACUUCAACAAGAUGAAGGGAAUGGAACGAUGCCAACCCAGCAUUGUGACGUACAACAUUCUUUUGAGAGCUUUUGCACAAUCUCGAAAUGUAGAGAAAGUCAAUGCUUUAUUUAAGGAUCUUGAUGAGAGCGUUGCUUCCCCUGAUAUUUAUACGUAUAAUGGUGUAAUGGAUGCAUAUGGGAAGAAUGGGAAUAUAAGAGAAAUGGAAUCUGUGCUUUCUCGGAUGAAAAGUAAUCAGUGUAAGCCUGACAUAAUCACCUUUAAUUUGCUGAUUGAUUCAUAUGGGAAGAAGCAACAAUUCGAUAAGAUGGAACAGGUAUUUAAGAGCUUACUUCGUUCCAAGGAGAAACCAACACUUCCAACGUUUAAUUCAAUGAUCAUAAAUUAUGGGAAGGCAAGGCUUAUGGAGAAAGCGGAACAUGUAUUCCAGAAGAUGACUGACAUGAAAUAUACGCCAAGCUUCAUAACAUAUGAGAGUCUUAUCAUGAUGUAUGGGUUCUGUGAUUGUGUUUCAAAAGCUAGGGAUGUAUUUGAAAGGUUGGCUGAUUCUGGAAGGGAGCUAAAGGUUUCAACGCUGAAUGCGAUGCUUGAUGUUUACUGCAUGAAUGGUUUGCCCAUGGAAGCUGAUAAGCUUUUUGUCAGUGCAAAUAGUAUUGGGGUACGCCCAAAUGUAUCAACAUAUAAACUUCUAUACAAGUAUUACACUAAGGGCAACAUGAAGGAGCUUCUCGAGAAACUGCUGAAGUCCAUGGAAAAUGAUGGUAUUGUCCCUAAUAAGAGGUUCUUUCUAGAGGCUCUUGGGGCAUUUUUCUCUUCACCAGGGAGUCCAGGCUCCGUGACUGCUACAACUGCUUUGAGCAGACAGCAGGAUGGCGCAAAAACUUAGGUAGAGAAGACUAAUAACUUGGUUUACAUAUUUUUCUGAUUUUUCUUCUGGUAGAAUCAGGUUCGAUGCAAAUAUAGCAUAGAGUUUUUGGCUCCAGCACCGGAUUAUCGUGGCACCAUGGAAUUACUUGGUCAUAUAUAGAGAAUGGUGGAGCCACUGGUAAGAGGCCAAAACGACGUCUAAGCUAAUUCUUCGAGAAAUUUUAUUAGAUAGAUAGCAACUGGUGGUGGCACUCUUAGUUUCUAUGGCCAUGGCGGCCCACGGUGCUUCUUUUGUGUAUUUGUACUGUGUAAACUGAAAACUGCUACGUUGAGUUGUAUUCUUUGACAGGUUCUCAAUAAAUCACUACGCAUUUGACCUCUG